CAGUUGUGAGAUCUGAGAGACGAUUGAAUUGAGUCCAAUCUAGAGAGAGAAAACAAGCAUUUCAUAGUUGACGCGCUCUGUCUCUUUCUAUCCAGUAUACUCUAAAAUCUGUAUACAGACAUACAUAGUGGAUGUGUGUUUCAGAAACCCUAGAGGAUAAACGCUUUGAUUUCGAGCUGAUUGAUGUGUGAUUGACUUCAGAUCCGAGUGAUGGAGGGCGUAUCCGGCUAUGGUGGUGUGGUGGGAAUGACGGACAUGCCGGAGAUGUUACACGGAGGGGAGUACAGCGGCGGCAAUGUACGGCAUCCGAUGGUUGAGACGACGCCGUUGACGGUGUCGGGAUCUUUUAAGGAAGGGGGAAGGUCUUCGGGUAUGACUAGUCGUAGGAGAGGUUCGAGGAGGCCGAGCUUAGACACUGAUGAUUUUAUGAAUCUGCUCCACGGCUCGGAUCCGGUGAAGCUCGAGCUCAAUCGGUUGGAAAAUGAAGUUAGAGAUAAGGAUCGAGAAUUGAACGAAGCUCAAGCAGAGAUCAAGGCGCUCAGGCUGUCUGAACGCCUAAGAGAAAAAGCUGUUGAAGAGCUAACUGAAGAAUUGACGAAGGUGGAUGAGAAGCUGAAGUUGAUGGAAUCUCUUCUAGAUAGCAAAAAUCUUGAAAUCAAGAAAAUCAAUGAUGAGAAAAAAGCAUCUAUGGCGGCUCAGUUUGCAGCAGAAGCCACUCUACGAAGGGUUCAUGCUGCUCAAAAAGACGAUGACAUGCCUCCAAUUGAAGCGAUCCUUGCACCAUUAGAAGCUGAGCUGAAGCUUGCUCGACAAGAGAUUGCUAAGCUGCAGGACGACAAUAAAGCAUUAGAUCGACUGACUAAGUCAAAAGAGGCUGCUCUACUUGAAGCUGAGAGAACCGUACAGGUUGCCUUGGCGAAGGCUUCAAUGGUAGAUGAUCUUCAAAAUAAGAACCAGGAGUUGAUGAAGCAGAUAGAAAUUUGCCAGGAGGAAAAUAAAAUUUUGGAUAAAAUGCAUCGCCAAAAAGUUGCUGAGGUUGAAAAACUUACCCAAACUGUACGUGAGCUUGAAGAGGCUGUUCUUGCUGGUGGUGCGGCUGCAAAUGCUGUGAGGGAUUACCAACGGAAAGUUCAAGAGAUGAAUGAGGAACGAAAAACUUUGGAUCGAGAGCUAGCACGUGCAAAAGUUACAGCAAAUAGAGUGGCAACGGUUGUAGCCAAUGAAUGGAAAGAUGCUAAUGACAAAGUGAUGCCAGUAAAACAAUGGCUUGAAGAAAGGAGGUUCUUGCAGGGUGAGAUGCAACAACUGCGAGACAAGUUAGCGAUAACCGAGCGUGCAGCAAAGUCUGAAGCACAAUUGAAAGAAAAAUUUCAACUGCGACUCAGAGUACUGGAAGACACUUUGAGAUCGCCAAACUCUCUUGCACCUUCACGUCGCCAGUCUCUAGGUGGAGCUGAUAACUUCUCCAAGCUGGCUUCAAAUGGAAUUUUACCCAAGAGAUCACCAUCUUUUCAGAUAAGGUCGACACUUUCAUCUGGUUCCAGUUCAGUCUUGAGGCAUGCGAAAGGUACAUCAAAAUCGUUUGAUGGUGGUACACGGGCACUUGACAGGAGUAAACUUACUUCGAAUGGAAGUGGCAGUCCUACUUUUAACCUUGCCAAGGAGAUUGAGAUCCCUAGUGAUGAAAAACCCAGUGGCUCCUCAGGCACUGAAAUUGAGGAUGCUGUGCCAGGACUAUUGUAUGAUUUGCUUCAGAAAGAGGUGGUUGCUUUGAGGAAAUCUGGUCAUGAAAAGGAUCAAAGCAUAAAAGACAAGGAUGAUGCAAUUGAGAUGUUAGCCAAGAAAGUUGACACUUUAACCAAGGCUAUGGAGGUUGAGGCCAAAAAAAUGAGAAGGGAGGUUGCUGCAAUGGAGAAGGAGGUAGCUGCUAUGCGUGUUGACAAAGAACAGGACAAUAGGGCUAAGCGGUUUGGGAAUUCCAAGGGUGCUGUGAACAGCUCUCAGCUACUUCCGGCUAGGAAUGUAGCACGGGGUGGGUUGACACGCAGCACUCAAUGACAUGAAAAAGACCAUGUGUAUUGGUGGUGUUUUUACUAUUUUACCCUUUAACGUGAUGGAUGAUUAUAUAUAAGUAGCAUACGAAUGAUACCUUUAUGUCGUUGUGAGUAGCGUAAAGAAAGAUGAAAAGAGAGGAGACGAAGAAAAGGGCAUUCCUUGCGACUGACAAGACAAUUUGUUAGAAGAAAUGAGCAGUGGAUGGAGAUUGCUAACCAUUUUCGUUUUUCGCAGUUGUUUGUGUGUUUUGUUGUAUAGGGUAGCAGCUAUCUUAAUUACUACUUUUGGUUCUAUAGUUUGUAUCUGCAUAAGCAUAGUGUGAUUGUGGCCCGAGUUUGUUAAUAUUUGGUGUAAUCAGAUUCAGAUGGAAGAAAAUUCGAGUUCAUUA